AUGGGUGAAUUAGAGGAAGGUGGAAAAAUGUUCAAGCGAAUAUUUGUGAUGUUUGCAUUCUCUAUUUUCUUAGCUCCUAUAGCUAAUAGGACUGCUGAUUUGGGUUUAGUUAAAGUUCUUGAGGAUGUAGAUGAAAUAAAGAAUCUUGAUUGGUGUGGAUAUGUCCAUGAGAGACUUUGUCGAGCUAUUAGGAAGCAUAAAACUUCAGGCUGCCAGGGUAACGUUGGUGGUUGUUUGUGGAUUUUACAAGUUGUCUAUUUUCAUCGCCUUCAAUUUAGGGGCAUUGCAGAGAGUUGUAGUCUUCCGUUGAUGAAGAAUUGGUCUGGUACUAAAAUUCACGAAAGACUUGUUUUGGAAAAGGAUUCAGCUUGCUUUGGCAGUGGUUUAUUAAAUACUGUUACCUACCCUGUUUGUCAGAAGUUGGGUUUUGAAGAAGGUUUUGCCAAGAUUUGUGGUAGGCAUGAUGUUGUGAACGAUGAUGAGAACCAUAUACGGUUCGUCAUUCCUGAUGGGCAAUUGUCAAAUUCAGCAAUUCAAUCAAUUGCAACUGAUGAAAUGCAUGCGGAGUUUUUGAGAAUGAAGAGGAACUUGGAAAUUGUUUCAAAUUUUCAUUUGAAACAACUUGAAGCUGUAUCAGCACUGAGGCGCCGUUCAUCUCCAUCGCUGCCGGAUGAUGAUUUGGAUCCAAGGUAUUAUGCCAUGAUGCAAGAAUUGGCUGAGAUGGUAGUUUCAGUUCAGUCUAUGCCAGGAGGUUUGGAGAACAUAUACUGUGAUGGAAAACCUAAUGUUAUACCUCGAGAUGUUAGUCCAAAUCAAAAGAUCCAAGAAGUUCUUCAUGAAAUUAAUGUCAAUGAAAUUGCUAACAAGACUGCUAUACAGUGUGAAGAACGUUGUAUUGUUGAUGCUAUCCCUGAUCCAACUCGGCAUACCAAUGCAACUCUGGAGGUUGCUGUACAGUGUGAAGAACCUCGUAUUGUUGAUGCUACCACUGAUCCAGCUCAGCAGACCAAUGAAGGCGCAACUUUGGAGGUUGAUGUACAGCCAACCUUAUCUGAGCAGCCGGUUGUACCUCUUCCAAUUGUUGAACCUCUUCCAAGUGUUCGACCUCUUCCAAGUGCUGAAACUGCUCCAAAAGAAUUAAAAGUUUACGAUCCUACUGUCGGUUAUCAUUCCAUUAUACACUCUUCUUUCACUGAUGGCAAGGCUAAAAUUGGAAUUCCAUGUGGUAAGGUUAACACUGAACCAUUCCUUGUCGGACAUUUCAUGCGUUUCUACAAGAGGAACAUGAAACGUUUGCCCGAGUUGUAUCAAGAAGUUGCUGAUUAUUGCCUUCUGGAUGAUCCUGUCGUAGUGAAGGCAGAGGAAACUUUGGUCUGGUUUGAUACCGUACAUAUGAUUGAAAGAGAGGAUAUGUUGUCACUUGCUGAAGAUCAAGAGAUCUAUUUGUCUAUUAUUGAGUGUUGGGCAUUAAUGAUAAAUGCAAAUGAAAUGCAGCAUGCCUCACCGCCUUCAAAAUUCUGUUUUGGUGUCCGCCAAAGUGAAAUUUUGGAACUUCUUUGGCAAGAUUCAACUAACGAGGCUGCUUUGGAUCAACUUCUAAAUUGUUGGCAAGAGUGGACUGAUAUUCACAACAAUGGCUUUGACAUCACCUGUGUUGAUCUGGUUUUUGUUCCUUUUUUUCGAGAACGCCACUUUUUCCUAUUUGUGUUGAAUUUGAAAACCAAAACGAUGCAACACGUGGACAAUCUUGUGUAUGAUGAAGCUCAAAUCAUUGACUUUGAAAGUUUUUCAACAACUCUGUGUGAUCUCCUUGGUACUUUCCUUGAUGAUAGAGGCAAUAAUCAUGAAGGUGAUAUUGGAACGUACCCCAUGGAGGAGGUUGAGUUUGAUUGGAAGACUGCAAAAGGUUCUGACCUUGACUGUGGAAUUUAUACGAUGAUUAGUAUGUUGACAUUUGAAGGAAUCAAAUGUAGCUGUCCUGAUUUGAAAGAGCCCCGUAAAAGGAUUAUUCUGCGUGCCGAAAUAUGUGUCACACUUGUGUUAUCAGACAUGAAUGACAAACGGGCAGAAGUUCUCAAUAAACUUGCUGAUUUCAAUUCCAAACGAGUAGAAGUCUAUCCAGAUGUGGUAACCAGGAGGAAGAAAAAAUUGGCAGACGAUAAGAAGUUGAAGAAAGAAGCUGCCAAAAAGGAGAAGGAAAUUGAAAAGAAAGCAGAGGAGAAUGCCAAUGAGAACAAGAAACCAGAGGGUAAUAUUGCAGAGGAGAAUGCCAAUGAGAACGAGAAACCAGAGGGUAAUAUGGCAGAGGUGAAUAACAAUGUGGCAGAUGUGAAUGAUAAUGCGGCAGAGGGCAACAAACAACCGUUGAAGACUUUUACUUCAAGAAAACAUCUGAAAAGGAAUGUAGCAGAUGCAUCUGACCCCGAAAAUGUAGCACCACCAGAGAAGAAGCAAGCUCCUACCAAACGGAAGGCAAAGAAACCUGUAGCAUGAAAUUUUAAUAUUAGUUUACUAAACUUUUAUUACAUGAAGGUUAACUUUAAGUACAAUAAUCUUAACUUUUACAUUUUCACAAAAAUAUUUCUCUAGAGUAUAAUGCCUUUUUUGUGUAUGUAUGGCAUAUAAUAUUGGUUUUUGGUGAU